GUACCUGUGGCUGUCUUUCUUGCACACUUUCACCGCGUCUCCAAUAAUUCCUCGUAGUCUUCCUCAGACUGCUGUUGUCACGGAUUGGACCAUGUGUGUCUCCUCCCCCUCAGCGGCAGGAUUUACCGCAGCCUGCUGCAGACACAUCAAACAGCAGACCAUGGAUCAGAUGUUCUGAGGCACCUGCUCUGUCACAGGCGCUCUUAAAUAUGUUAGUGUUUUGUCGCUUUAUAAUAUUAGAUUGGUCCGCUCUAUUAAAUCUGCCGGUUUAGAUCUAAUUUUCUAAAUCUGCGAUUAGAAAACAUAGUUAAAUAAAAAAGAACCACCGUGUGGUCUUAGAGCAGAGCUUCUGCGUCUUCAGAACUUUACUUCGCACAUCGGCGACUGUCGCCUCCGCGCUCGCUGCCCGCACUCCCGGAGCAGCGAUGCCUCCCGGCGUUGUGACCGCCCCGCGAAGCUCGUCGGCCGGCUGCUUCUGCGCCUGCUGCGGAGUGAAGAUCAGACCGUAUUUUACCGAGAACUCUGUGAUCUCUCAGGUGGAAAUUUAUCAGCUCAUCAGUGAAAGUUUCCUGACCGUUAAGGGGGCUGCUCUGUUCUUGCCUCGAGGAAAUGGCUCCUCUUCUUCGUCUGCCUCCCGUUUCUCCCAGCUGCGCAGCAAACAUGCGGGAGAUAUCCAGCAGCACCUACAGACAAUGUUUACUCUCCUCAGACCAGAGGACAACAUCAAACUGGCGGUUCGUUUGGAGAGUGCACAUGCUCAGGUCACCCGCUACAUGGUGGUGGUCUCAACCAAUGGUCGGCAGGACACGGAGGAGAGCGUGGUGCUAGGAAUGGAUUUUAGCCCUGUAGACGGCUCGUGUUCUGUUGGGCUGGUUUUGCCCCUGUGGAGUGACACCUUAAUACAUCUAGAUGGAGAUGGGGGUUUCAGUGUAUCAACUGACAACAGGGUGCAUGUAUUCAAGCCUGUUUCUGUGCAAGCCAUGUGGUCAGCCCUCCAGUCACUCCAUAAAGCCUGCGAGGUGGCCCGUAGUCAUAACUACUUUCCAGGCAGCUUGUUCCUCACCUGGGUCAGCUACUAUCAGAGCCGGGUCUACUCCGACCAGGCCCGCAUCAACGAGUGGAACGCCAUGCAGGAUGUGCAGUCACACCGUGCCGACUCUCCUGUUCUCUUCUCCGACGUACCUACCGAAAGAGAGCUGACUGAGCGUCAGAUCAAAGCCAGUUUGCGGGAAAUCAUGAUGCAGAAAGAUCUCGAGAAUGUCACCUGCAAAGAGAUCCGAACAGAGCUGGAAAUGCACAUGACAUGCAAUCUGCGAGAGUUCAAGGAGUUCAUCGACAAUGAGAUGAUUGUCAUUCUGGGCCAGAUGGACAGUCCUACGGAGAUCUUUGACCACGUCUUCUUGGGAUCUGAGUGGAAUGCAUCCAAUCUGGACGAGUUACAGAACUGUGGAGUUCAUUACAUCCUGAAUGUAACAAGGGAGAUUGAUAACUUCUUUCCCGGUGUGUUUGAGUACCACAACAUCCGUGUGUAUGAUGAGGAGGCCACUGACCUGCUAGCCUAUUGGAAUGACACCUACAAGUUUAUAUCUAGAGCCAAGAAAUCUGGGUCCAAGUGCCUGGUGCACUGUAAAAUGGGGAUUAGCCGGUCUGCAGCCACAGUGAUAGCGUAUGCCAUGAAGGAGUACGGCUGGGAUUUGAAAAAAGCCUUUGAGUACGUCAAGGAGCGUCGAACUGUUACCAAACCCAACCCCUCUUUUAUGAGACAGCUGGAGGAGUAUCAGGGAAUACUCAUGGCCAGCAAGCAGAGGCACAACAAACUGUGGCGUUCUCACUCUGAUAGCGAUCUGUCUGAACACCACGAGCCACUCUCCAAAUCCUACGCACAGCCCCACAGCCUGGGCCGCUCAGAUCCCCACAACCAAGCCAGCAACAUAACUGGUCCCUCGGUAAAAGAACUGCUGGAAUCACUGGGAAGUUCUGCUGGCAGUAAAGCAACACACUCCACUAGUCAGCCGGAUACGGGCAUCCAUUCCAAUCAGCUUAGCUCUUCUUCCUUUAAAGGUGUGGCAGCUCCAUCAGGUCAUGCUGAAGCAUCUCGUUCUGCUGUAGGUCGGAGCAGCCGGCAGGACCGUCCUUGUUCUGACUCCACAGCUGCUUCUGUGUCUCUGUUAUCUCCUCCGCUCUCCAAUGGCGUAUAUGACUCUGGGAAUCGGCCCACGUUACCUCCUGUCUCUCAACCAAGGGCCGCCACUGUGGUGCCUGAGCCUCCAAAGACCGAUAAGGUGACUGUUGCACAAAGUGUUUUGGUGGGCCAGCCUCAUCCACCUCCCUCCCUUCACCACCUCCCCCACUCUCCUGCUCCAUCUCCAAAUCUAGCCGAUGGAGUUCUAAAACCACAGGUGUUGUCCUGUUCUCCAUCUGUGAUAAAAACAGUGCUUGUGUCAGUGCCUGAGCCUACCGCAACACAAACCCCAAGCACAAAGCAGGCUGGACCCGACUGCCUCUCUGCCCCAGCGCUUGUCAAAAAACCAGACUGUGCCCAACAGACAUAUGGCUCAUCUUUGGACAGUUUAGCAGCCCAACAUCCCUCCACUAAUGAUUUUAUCACUUAUCCUAGUGCCAUUCCACAUGAAAAUGUGUUGGUGUUUGGCCACAGUGCAGACCACAUCAAUUUUUUCAGUGCCAGGGAAAAAUUUAAGGGGAUGAGUCAAGAUGGGAAAACUCACUGUACUGCAGCGCAGCAGUCACACCAGCUGAAGAGUUGUGGCAAAGAAAACCAGCCACCACUGCAGGAGGUCUCCACCAGUGAGGGGAAGGAUGAAGGGAAAAGAAAGGAAAUGCCUGUGCAGGUCACAGGCCUGAAGCCCAAAGAGACUUCACCUCUUGGCUCUCAUAGCCAGACUGAACCUCAAGGUCCCCAGGAUCAGGAUGUGAGGAAGUUGAAGCAGGAAAUUGAAGAUAGUGUUGUUCUGUCGCACAAGGAAUCUGGGGAUGUAAAAACAGAAUUGAAAGAGGAGGAAGAGGAGGCCCCCGCCUGUCUUUACAGUGACUGGACACGAGGGUCGGUGCGACGUGUUACACAACAGCUGGAGCAAAGAAUGAAACAGGAGCACGAGACCCCACCUCUCUCUUCUUCACCGCCUUCUCUCUCUGGCAGUACCUCCAACUCUCACCGGCGUCCACACAGCAUCCAUUGUGCAACGUUGUCUACUUCCCACGAUGCAUCCGUUUGCUCACAGGCAGUUCGCACGGUGCACAAAGAUCAGGGAAAGGAGGAUGGGAAGUCUGGACCAGCUGAAAGUGAGCGCACUCAUGCUGCGAUGGGGGCCCUUGGGGAUAACGAAAAAAGCACAAAAGGACAGAAACUCCGGCCUGCUGAAACUAGAUUGCUCUCUACCUCUUCUCCUUUCCAUCACUCUCCCCAUUCUCCCUUUGCCUCUGUGAACUUCCUGUGUCUGGAGGGCGUCACUGAGCUCGAGUCGGGCACAGACUGGGAUUGUCCCACAGAAGGACCCCACAGUGACAUUUUCAAGAGGGAGACGUGGGAGACUUUGUAUGAGCUGGGUGCCUUCCUGCAGCAGGUGAGCAUGGCUGGAAAGUGCAAGGCCAGGUGUGUGGGUCAGGCGCAGAAGCGAGGUGGCAGUAUCCAGAAGAGGGUUCAAGAGGUGGAAGCCAGGAUUCGUCAGGCAGGGCUGACCCCUCCAUCUAUGAUGAAGCGCUCAGCCUCCCUGGCUAAACUGGGCUGCUUGGAGCUGCUCGCCAAUGACUUGAGUGACUGGGAGCUUAGCCGCUCCGCUGUAGCUUCACCCUCGGCACAACACCCACUCCACUCAGCCAGCGAUGAAUCCAAGAAGCAGCGGGUCCACAACUCUCCUUCCUCCACUGUCCAGCAACCAGAGAUCCUUGAAACAACCACUCAGAGGCUUCCUAAAGCUGGAGAAACCUCCUCAGCAGUCUCUGCACCAUCAAAUCCGAAUCCUCAGAGAGGAAAGCCCUUAAACUUUGGCCAAGAAUCUCUGCACUCGCCUGGGCUAACACUUCUGACAACAAGGCAGCAAUACGGAAGGACUCACCCGCUGAGGCGGCUUAAGAAGAGAACUGUUAGCAACCUUUACCACACCAUGUAACCCUCAGCAGGUGUGCGUCUGUGUACGUGUACAUGAGAGAAAGAGAGAGAUAACGUGCCCGUCAGAAAUGAAAAUCAAGUGCAUAUUUUGGAUUUAUUUAGCAAAACAAGCCGACGCCUCUUGCCUUAAGGGAUGUGUUUAGUAGUUUCUUUUUCCCCUCUUCUGUAAAAAUCUGUGAUAUGUGAAUCUGGUCUCGGCACAGGAAAAGUGGCAAGGCUACGACGGUCCCAGUUAACUGAGACUGAAAUAAAACACUUUGAGAAGAUAAAACAACAACAAAAAAAAGUCAUCCAGAGAUGUACAUGGGUCACAUGUUUGAAAUGUUAAUAACGCCCAAGCGUGCACAUACUCACUCAUCACAUCGUUGCUGGUUUCUCCUUUAGUCGACUUGAUAUUUUUGGCUGUCAAAUGUGAUGUUAGCUGGAAUGUAGCCUCUGUUUCCCCUCUUCUCGUGCUUUCACGUCUCUUCAGAAAUACGUGCCAUUUAUGCUGGAGAAAAUGGUCCCUCUUGUAUAAUCUGGUAACUAUGUUGGCAUUAAGAAAAAAAGAAAGAAAGAAAGAAAGAAAGAAAGAAAGAAAAUAUAAAUAAAUAAAUCACACCAACACCUACUUGUCAAACCGGCUGAUUUGGUCAUGAAGAUAAAAGUCGUUGGACGGAGACUCUUCGUCGCGACAGAAUAAUUCCAGUGAAAGUCAGUCGUGAAGCUCUGACUCUUCCCUCAGUGUAAGCUGCAUACGCAGGUUUUCACCAGUUUAUUUGAGCAUAAUGAAAAGAGAAGAGGCCUGCUUUUUGUUUAGUUUGUUUUAACUACACAAUACCUCAGUAAGUCAACCAAAUCUGACCUGCACAAACAUCCGACUCCGGGUUCCUGGAAUGUACUUCUCAAUCAGAAACACGUUUGACUUCAUCACUCAGUAAACUGUCUCUCCUCACACUUCAGAUGCCACUCAAACUAGAGUUUUGUUUAUGUUUAACUGUGUGAGAGAGAGUAGGUCAGGGUGCUGGGAUUUAAAGGCAGAGUGUAUAAUUGUGAGUUUUCGGCUAUGUUCUCUUUGGGGAUGUAAAGGUUGUAUAUUGUGACUGUUGAUAUUUUAGGAUCUCCCUGUUUUUUUGUUGGUUUGUUUUUUACAUCUGGUUUGUGUCUGUGUGAGUGAGACUGUGUAGCACAACUUUACCAAGUGGGUGUGCACUUUUUAUUUUAUUUUAAUGGAUCUUUAUGUCUUUUGUAAACUUUUUAGGAGCGUGCCUGUGACUGGCAAGUGAAGCUUCUCUGCAGCCUAUCAGAAAUGUCUGUACAGAGACGUCUGUCAUACAUGCACUUUACUCCCUUUUUAAUUUUAAAUGUGGCUUCUUUUUUUUUUUAAGUGUUUUGCUACUUUGGGGAGCAUGCUUAUGUAGUAGGAACUGUUGGGUAUGUGUGUAUUGUCUGUGUAAAUAUUAUUUUAUAUCACGUGCUUUAACUGUGACCAUUAAACAAUGGAAAUUAAGA